AUGGCCGCCUCCGUGAAGGAUGUUGGUUCCGGUCAGGUGCCACAGGAUUUUCCUGUCCAUGAAGCUGUCUUUGGAGGUGACGUUGAGAAACUCGAAGCCCUGCUAAAUGAACAUGAUGUAUCUAGCAAGGACAAGCACGACUGCAUUGAAGUCCUGCUGAAACACAAUGCAUCUGUGAAAGUGAAGAAUCACCAAGGCUGGGGACCUCUGUCAGAAGCAGUCAGCUACGGAGACAGGAAUACGAGUAAGUGCUGCUUCUGUCGUCGCCUUCGAGGUUGCAUGACGCUCUCAAGCCCCGUGGGGAUGGUCGUCGUGGAAGUUCUGAAGAAACUGAAGGAACAGGCUCGUGAGCAGGUCUCACAGAGAAAACCCGACCUCGUGAAGGCCCUCAAGUCCAUCGACGACUUCUACCUCGAACUCAAGUGGGACUUCCACUCCUGGAUUCCGUUCGUGUCGCGGCUCCUGCCGUCGGACGUGUGCAAGAUCCACAAGCGGGGAUCGUCCAUUCGGAUCGACAUCACGCUGGUGGACUUCACGGACAUGCGUUGGGAGAGGGGGAAUGUGAGCUUUCUGUACGAUGGGGAGGCGCCGCCGGAGACCUCGCUCACCGUGCUCGACAAUGAGCUCAAGGUCUUCCAGAAGAUCCGUCAUGAGGAAACGGAGGAGGAGCUGGACGAAGAGGUGGACCUGAUGAUGAGCAGCGACAUCGUGCUGGCGCAGAUCUCGACCAAGGGGAUCCGGUUCACCAACACGCAGAGCGGUUGGAUCUUCCGGGAGGACAAGCAGGAGACGGUGGGGCGGUACAUGGCGAACUUCUACAACGUCCACGGGGUGGUGCUGGAGUCGCGGAAGCGGCGGGAGCACCUGUCGGAGGCGGAUCUCCAGAAGAACAAGGCCCUGGUGGAGACGUUCACGAGGGGGAGCGUGUCGCACGCGAAUCACCAAGUGCUCAACCACGAGCCGUCCCGGAGGCGGUCAUUGACCCCGCCGUCCCAACCGUCCGUCACGUGGUCGUCGUACGUGAACGCGCCGACCGGCGCCCAGCCGCAUCUGGGUCGACCCAUGGUCUGCAAGGACUCGUCCAAGAGCUUCAAGGCGACCGUCGCCAUGAGUGAGGAGUUCCCGCUGACCACGGAGACUCUUCUGAACGUCCUGGAAGUCGUUGCGCCCCUGAAGCACUACGAAAAGCUCCGGGAGUUUGUGGAGAUGAAGCUUCCGCCUGGCUUCCCGGUUAAGCUUGACAUCCCGGUUCUUCCGACGAUCGCCGCUCAAGUGACAUUCCGAGAGUUCCAGUUCCGAAAGGACAUCCCCGAUUCCCUCUUUGUCAUCCCCUCAGACUACUCCGAAGAUUCCAACAGCACUGAUUCGGAGUGUCUUCGAUUCGUCUCCUCGGAGUGUCUUCGAUUCGUCUCCUCGGAACGUAUUCGAUUCGUCUCCUCGGAACGUAUUCGAUUCGUCUCCUCGGAGCGUAUUCGAUUCGUCUCCUCGGAGUGUACUCGAUCCCGAGUUACGCGGCCGCGCUCGGGGAUAAGAGUGUGUCGUGAAUAUUUCGUUGUGAAGCGGUUUCGAGCCCGGUUACGGUGCGAGGAAGUGAACGAUAUUGCCUUGGAAUCGAACGAACGCCUUUGUGCCUUGCUCCCUUUCGGGCGAGACGGGAAAGAUGAGAAAAUUCACAUUUAUCCGUUCAAGCUUCCAUUUAAAAAAAAAAGCGAUGUCGUAGGCAUGGAUAUGGACGGGACGUGGAAGGCGGAGUCGAUCCAGGACGGCGGGAUCCCGGGGACGCCCGAGGACGAGGCCGCGCCAUCCGCGUGGAAGGGGAGCCAAAGCGACUGGAGGCAGGGGAGACGACCCCGGUCGAAGCGAAUGAGGAAGCGAGCCAUCCUUAAAAACGGGGACUGCAACGUGGUGCAGGAGAAUCUGUCCAAGCGGAGGAGCCGCUUCCUGGCGGAUAUCUUCACGACGCUCGUGGAUGCGCAGUGGAGGUGGACGCUGCUGGUCUCGUCGUGCUCGUUUCUCCUCUCGUGGCUUCUGUUCGCUUGCAUCUGGUACCUGAUCGCGGCGUCGCACGGGGACUUGGAGGUGGUGGAUGGGGAGUGGAGGCCGUGCGUGGCGCAGAUCGAGAGUUUCGCGUCGUGCUUUCUCUUCAGCGUGGAGACGCAGCACACGAUCGGGUACGGGGCGAGGCAUACCACGGAGGAGUGCCCCGAAGCCGUCUUCGUCAUGUACAUCCAGUGCAUCGUGGGUCUCAUGAUCCAGGCCUUCAUGGUCGGGAUCGUGUUCGCGAAGCUGAGCCGCCCGAACAAACGCACCCAGACGCUCCUGUUCUCGCGUCACGCCGUGAUCUGCCAACGCGACGGCCGACUCGUCCUCAUGGUCCGCGUCGGCGACAUGCGCCGCUCCCAUAUCAUCCACGCCCACGUGAGGGCCCAGCUCAUCCGCCGCCAGGUGACCCGCGAGGGCGAGGUGGUUCCCUUCCGACAGGACGAACUGAACGUCGGUUACGACACGGGCGAGGACCGACUCUUCUUCAUCUGGCCGACGAUCAUCGCCCACGGGAUCGACGAGAACAGUCCCCUCUACAAGAUGUCGGCCGCGGGACUCAUGAGAGAGAGAUUCGAACUCGUGGUGAUCUUGGAGGGAGUGAUCGAGUCGACCGGGAUGACGACCCAGGCCAGGUCGUCGUAUCUGCCAAGCGAGAUCCUCUGGGGUCACAGGUCGGUUCCAGUCCCUCGGUGCUUGCUCGUUCCUAAUUAUGUGCCGGUGGAGAUGCACGAACGAGUGGAUACGUAA